CAGCAGAAGAAGAAAGGCUUUCUUCGUUCCGCCUCUCUGACGUCACUUCCUUUCUGCCUGAACCAGCCUCGACGAGAACACGCGCUCGGUCCUAGCUCAAUAUGCGUUACGUUGCCGCUUACCUGCUUUCUGCCCUGGGUGGCAAUGAAAACCCAGAUGCCAAAGAAAUCAAGAAGAUCCUGGAGAGUGUUGGCAUUGAAGCUGAUGACACACGCCUGCAGAAGGUCAUCUCCGAGCUCAAAGGCAAGAGUGUGGAUGAGGUGAUUGCCUCCGGUUACGGCAAGCUGGCCAGCAUGCCAGCAGGUGGUGCCGUAGCUGUUGCCAGCUCUGCAGCUCCUGGCGCAGGUGGUGCUGCUGCUCCUGCUGCUGCAGCAGAAGAAAAGAAGGAGGAGAAGAAAGAAGAAUCUGAGGAGUCUGAUGACGACAUGGGAUUCGGCCUCUUCGACUAACCUUGUUCAAAUGAUCAAUAAAGUUUUUAUAAACUUGA